AUGUAUGCUGUAAUGGAAAAGUCCAGAUUAAAUAACUUGUCGAUCGAGUACCAACUCGAUAUGUUUGAUAAGGCUAUUGUUCCUAUACUAACUUAUGGUCAUGUGGGAAUAACCGUUUUCCCAUUGAGACUGGAAAAUGGCGCAACAUCCCAAAAUCUGGAAGAUUGUGACACCUUUGUGGCUCAGCUGACAUUGGUGAUGAAUACCAUUAUAUCUUGUCUUGAUACUUUGGGUAAUCGUGUAAAACAAUAUUUGAAAGUGACUGACGAUUACGGAGUUUUUGGCGGAUUUUUGCAACUAUCAUCUGUAACGAAACUUGGUGAUUGGCGGAUACAAGUAUCACAGUCUGGAUCAAAAGAAACAAAAACGUUUGCUGUUGAGGAGUAUGAGUUACCAAAGUUUGAAGUAAAAGUUUCACUACUUGAUCCUCCUCUGAAAGAAGACAAUGACUUUGUAAUAAGAAUAACAGCUAUAUACACGUUUGGAAAGCCUGUUGAAGGCAUUGCUGUUAUACAAAUCAAAAGCUCUAACAGCUGGGUGAAAGAUAUAUAUCUGGAGAGGAAUAUCAAGAUACAUGGGAAAGUUGAUAUAAGGAUUUCUACAUGGGAUUUAUAUCCUCAGUUUGGAGAAUAUUACAGAAUAUUUGCCAAAGUAAACGAGACAGUAACUGGAAAAGAGGCUAACGAUACUGAGGAUUUCCAUUUCGAAAGUGAUCAAUGGAAGGCAAGAUUUUCUCCUGGUAUUCCUUCAACUUUCAAACCUGGAUUAACAUAUACCAUUAUAGUUAUAUACAAAAAGAAAUAUCUGACAAAUAAGUAUUUGUAUAAAGCGACAUCCCCGAGUAGUAACUAUCUUCAGAUAAGAACUAGAAGUGGAGUAACGGUUCAGCCUGGCAGUAUUCUACACAUAAUUAUUCAAGUUACAGAGAAAAUACAUUAUUGUAAUUACCAGAUUUUUGCAAAAGGGUCACUUGUGGACAGUGGACUUUUUAAUAUGAAGAUGAGGUAUUCAAGGAAACACAAGGUUUCUAUCACAUAUGCUAUGACACCGACGGCAAAGAUGAUUGUGUAUUACGUCAGAGCAGACGGCGAAAUAGUUGCAGAUGCCGUUACAUUUUCUGUACAGGAUGUUUUAAAAAACAAGGUUACGAUAAAGUUUGACAAGACCAUGGCUGAACCUGCUGAUCGAGUUGUCCUUCGUGUUACUGCAGACCCUGGGUCAUUAGUUAAUGUUCUUGCGGUUGACAAAAGUAUUUUAUUAUUGAGAUCAGCAAACGACAUUACUGCAGCAGACGUGCUGUCGGAAUUAAAGAAAUAUGAUUAUACUUACUCGCCAUCGCUCAGUAAUUGGGAAACCCUGACAACAAUACCAGAUAAUGGAGGAAAUUCAAAUGCAGUGUUUUCUAAUAGUGGGAUGUAUGUGUUAACAGACUGUAACUUAGUCGGAGCACCACCACAACGAUCUCGAGUAACAGCACCUUCAAGGCAAUUUGGGCGACGCAGAACAACAGUACUCUCAUCAUCCGUUUCUCCAGGCAUAUCAGUGGCAAGCACCAUGAUGUCAGUUACAACAGUUCCGUCUGUCUCAGGAGACUCAGGAACAUCAACUCCUUCUUUAACGGAACCUCACAAUAAAAGGUCAAAGUUUCCAGAGACAUGGUUAUGGAUGAAUACCACAACGAGUGAAAAUGGUCAUGCCUCUAUAGAGACGAUUGUUCCUGAUACUAUUACACAGUGGAUAACUUCAUCGUUUGCAGUUAACAAAAACACUGGGUUUGGAGUAUCAGCGAAUGCAAAUAUCACAACAUUUCAAAGAUUCUUCAUUCGAUUAGAAUUGCCGUAUUCUGUUAUUCGAGGAGAAAUUUUAAUUCUUCAAACAACCAUAUUUAACUAUAUGGAGGAAGAUCUUAACGUUCACGUCAGCCUGAGUAAAAAUGAAAAUAUAAGUUUUGCGGAUAAUGACGGAAACCCUAUGUUCUCACCUAGAAGAGAGUGGACAAAGACAGUUUUAGUUCCGAAGGACACGGUUAGAUCCGUUUAUUUCCCAAUUAUCCCAGUACGAAUAGGGACAUCAUUGAUUGAUGUUACAGCUAGAACAAUAACAGGUGCUGAUGCAGUUCAAAGAAAACUUUUAGUGAAGCCAGAGGGUAUAAAACAGAAUUAUAAUAUACCUAUACCAGUAGAUUUAACAAAUGAAAGAUCAUAUUCGACAGAAGUGGACGUCACAUUCCCUCCAAACGUUAUCAAUGAAUCUCAGUUCAUCAAGGUUUCCGUAAUAGGUGACAUUAUUGGAAAAACGUUAUCUGGAAUAGAAGAUUUACUACAGAUGUCGUACGGAUGUGGUGAACAAAACCUCGUCAGAUUUGUACCAAAUGUGUUUGUUUCAUCAUAUCUGAACGUAACCGAGCGACUGACAAAUGACAUCGUUGCUAAAAUAGACAAGUUCCUUACAGCAGGAUAUCAACGUCAGCUAUCGUAUGCUCGUCAUGAUGGAUCAUUUAGUGCAUUUGGUAACUCCGAUAGACAAGGUUCUACAUGGUUAACCGCGUUUGUGUUAAAAUCAUUUGCACAAGCGGCAGAAUCUACUUACAUUGAUCCAGAAGUGAUUAGAAAAGCAGCAUAUUUUCUUCUGAGGAGACAAACAUCUUCCGGUGAAUUCAAAGAGUACGGCACGGUGUACAGUAAAGCAUUACAGGGUGGAUCAGCAUCAAGCUCUGCCAGUUUAACAGCAUAUGUUAUCAUUGCAUUUGAAGAGGCUAAACUUAACAAUCAGAUACCUAGUAAUAUGAUCAGAGAAGUAAAUUCAACUUUACGCAGGGGUGCUAUUCAUAUUGCUAAGUCUUUAGAGCAACACAAGAAUGUUUCUUCGAGUUAUCAAUACGAAUUGAUUAUUUGUACAUACGCCUUAGCCUUAUCCAAAACACCGCUGUCAGAUGCACUUUUGGAAAAAAUCGAGAUAUUUGCUAAUACAACGAACGGCGACAAAUUCUGGCAGUUAUCUGAGAUGGAAGCAGAAUCAAUUCAACCAUACAGUCACUGGAAACCACCUCAUACCCAAGUCAGAGCACUUGACAUUGAAAUUACAUCAUAUGUAUUGUUAAUCUAUAAUUUAAAAAACGACACAGCAAACGGUAUUAAAGUAGUAAGAUGGUUAAACAAGCAGAGAAAUCCUUUUGGCGGGUUCAUUUCCACACAGGAUACUGUUAUAACAUUACAAGCCAUCACAGGCCUGGCUGAACAGGUUUAUACACCACAGUUUAGAGCAUCUCUGACUGUAACGGGAAAUGAAGGGAAUGUUUAUAGGUUUAAUGUUGACAACAGUAAUUCGCUUGUUCUACAGAUGGAAGAUAUGCCUAUAUCAACCAGAAGAGUUCGCGUUGAAGCACGAGGGUAUGGUUUUACGAUGGUGGAGGUGUCUGUAUUUUUCAAUGUCCCAGAGGAGCUUCGAAAACCAGCGUUUGCCUUAGAUAUUAACAUCCUAAACGAUUCAGUUCUAGGGUUUAGGCUUCAAAUAUGCUUCAGUUGGUUAAGAGGCAACAACAGUACAAUGGGGUAUAUUGAAAUUACCAAACCAACUGGAAUGGAAACCGACAUUGGCUCCUUGAAUACAAGCAGUACAUAUGGCCUUUAUAAGAAAAAAGAAAUAACUGCAGAUCAAUUGAAUCUAUAUUUUGACUGGAUUACUAGUAAAGAAAUGUGUAUUGAUAUAAACAUAGAUAGAGUGAGUCUUGUGGCUAAACAGAAACCUGUUCCAUGUCGGAUUUCUGAAUAUUAUGAACAAAGUAAUGAAGUGAUAAAGAUGUAUCAAUCUAAAGUAUUGUCUAGUUCGUCUAUAACGGAUGUUUGUGGAACAACUAAUUGUCAGUAA